AUGGUGAAGAGAGGGUCUACUUUGGGUCGCCAGAAGAUUGCAAUUGAAAAAAUAUCGAAAAAGACUCAUCUACAAGUGACCUUCUCUAAACGUCGUGCAGGACUUUUCAAGAAAGCUAGUGAGCUUUGCACACUUUGUGGUGUUGAGAUUGCGAUAUUAGUUUUUUCUCCUGCUAACAAGGCAUUCUCCUUUGGUCAUCCUGAGGUCGAGUCAGUCCUGGAUCGAUUUCUUGCUCGGCAUCCUCUUCCAACAAGUUCCAGCGCACACCAACUCAUCGAAGCGCAUCGAAAUGCUAAUGUUUGUGAGCUUAAUAUGCAAUUGACCCAUACUCUUAAUCAGAUGGAAGACGAGAAGAAGAAGGGGGAAUUGCUCGAUCAGAUUAGAAAGUCUAGCCAAAACAUGUGCUGGUGGGAAGCUCCCAUUGAUGAACUUGGUAUGCAUGAGCUAGAACAACUAAGGUUUGCAUUAGAGGAGCUAAAGAAGAAUGUUACAAAACAAAUCAGCAAAAUUUUGAUCAACUCUGGUAGUUCUUUGCCGUUUUCAUCUGGAAAUGUUAUUGGACAUAUUUCGGACUAUGAGAGCAAACCUAAUGUUGCUCCAUGUAUCCCUUGUGUCAAUAAACAUUGA